AUGCAGUUUUGUCAUUAUUAGAGUUGCCAGAUAACUGGUUAUUUAGUUCAUUUUAAUCAUAAUAAGAGGAAGCUAGAUAUAAUCUACACUAGAUAACGUACAUAAUUAUGGUUCGUUCUGGUUGCUUGGGUGGAUGUUAUAAUGAAAGUGGCAUUGGAAAUUUUCAAUCUGGCAACCCAACAGCUUUCAUAGAGGAACUAACAGACAGGCGUUUGCGGCAGUAAUUCUCAUCUUCUCACCCUCAGAGAUGACUGAAGCAUGCAGUGUUUUGGUGUAUCGCUAAAAUCCUAGAGGAUCUGAAAUCAGAGUGCUAGGAUAUUUAUAUACACGUUUUAUAGAAGAGAGCAGUGGGCUGAAAAUGGAGAGCUGUCAACUGAUGUCUCCUGAUUUCUCGCCAGAGGAACGGCUUGAGAUUGAAAACCUAAAGCUGCACAAGCAGGACCUUCUGGCUGACAUUCAGAAGCUGAAGUGGGAGAUCGAGAGUGUGAUGGCCGAAAUUCAGGACUUUGAGUCUACAGAAGAGAACAAAGUCCUCGAGAGAGGGAAGCAGAUUUCUAGCGGCAAGAAGAAAUUCAACAUGGACCCAAAAAAGGGGGUCAAUUACCUGGUGGAAAAUAACCUGCUGGAGUGGAAGCCUCAAAACAUUGCUGAGUUCCUCUAUAAAGAAGAAGGUCUCAAUAAGACUGCUAUAGGAGACUUCCUGGGAGAAAGAGAGGAGAUGCACCUCCAGAUCCUAAAAGCUUUUGUGGAACUUCAUGAGUUUUCAGACCUCAACCUUGUCCAAGCACUGAGGCAAUUCCUGUGGAGUUUCCGCCUUCCUGGUGAGGCGCAAAAGAUUGACCGCAUGAUGGAGGCCUUUGCCACUCGCUACUGUGAAUGUAAUCCAGACGUCUUCCAGUCCACUGACACCUGUUACAUCCUCUCAUUUGCCAUUAUCAUGCUGAACACCAGCCUGCACAAUCCCAACGUGAAGGACAAGACCACGCUAGAGCGCUUCAUCAGUAUGAACAGAGGCAUCAACAACGGCGAAGAUCUUCCCAAUGAGCUUCUCACGAAGCUGUACGACAGCAUACGAAAUGAGCCAUUCAAAAUCCCAGAGGAUGAUGGGAACGAUCUGACACACACUUUUUUCAACCCUGACCGGGAAGGUUGGCUUCUCAAACUGGGAGGAAGAGUGAAGACAUGGAAGAGGAGAUGGUUCAUCUUGACUGAUAACUGUCUCUACUAUUUUGAAUAUACCACAGACAAAGAACCGAGGGGGAUCAUUCCUCUAGAGAACCUCUGUGUCAGAGAAGUCAACUACACACGCAAACCGUACUGUCUGGAGCUGUAUAACCCCAACAGUAAGGGACAGAAGAUCAAAGCAUGCAAGACAGAGACAGACGGAAGGGUGGUGGAAGGGAAACAUCAGAGCUACAUGAUCUGUGCUUCAACAGCUGAAGAAAGAGACGACUGGAUCGAAGCUAUCAGGGCGAGCAUCACAAAGGAUCCAUUUUAUGACCUGGUCUCAGUCAGAAAGAAGAAAGUCAUACAGCAAACACCACAGGACUGACCACAACAGUGCAUCAUGGGAUGUGGAAUGAGAAGUGACAAACACUGCAGUCUGCAUGUAGCAGAAACAGAAUGAGUAAACGUUUAGUCAUUACUCACGUCACUGUAUAUAACCAGGAACUGAAGAGAAGCAAUCCUUUUUGUCUCUGCUAUUUGUGUGGAACAAAUAGUUUGUAGCAUGACCAGCAGUUUUUUAAAGACCUACAAUCAAAUUGCCUAAAGAGGUCAUUUAAAGGCCUUGGGAAAGCAGUUUUGAGAUCUAAGUAUUAUUAAUGUACUUUUACAUUUUUGGUCUUAUGGACCUGCAUGGUGUCUUAAGAUAUUUUGGAAUAGCCAUAGUGGACAUUUUGAAAUGAAUGCUUUCAUUGUGGGAAAUGAAGCCUCCUCAGCGAGACUGUCAGUGUAGGAAAUGUGUUUUUUCUUUGCACACACAAGCCAAUCUGAUGACUUUGUUGAAUACUCCAGCACUUAACACCGGCUCAUUUAAUGGCUCGAUGUUUGGAUAUCACCUCACUUGUCUUGUUGUUUUGGAUUAAAAAUCAAAUUCCUAACAAAUCAAUGUAAAUAGGUGUGAUGGUAUAGAUGUUAUUCAAAUCAUAACACUUAUAGUAGGCUCCUAAGACACAGAGUUGAACUGAUUUCAUCACUUACAGCCAAACUCGGAGUUAAGCGCACAGUGAGGAUUUAAUACAGAAAUUACACACAUCAGUUUUCAGACCUCAGAUGUAACUACUAAUGUACAGUAAGUGCUGUUCAGAAGUUACACACAUGGAGUGGAGUUUGCCUGAAACAGGUGUGUUUCAGUUGCGCCCAAUUAUGAAUUUUAAGCUGAAAUUUAAGCUUAUGGCUGUAAAUACACUUAAAAUGGAAUGCCAGUUGAGGUCAAUAUUAAAUACAUAUAUUACAUACGUAAAUAUUGACAUAACCUUUGGACUUAAGUCACCAGGUCAAUCGAUAAAAAUUUAUGAACAAUUUCUGCUAGAUUUAUAUUUGUAAAGAAUGAUAGAAUCAUUUGACAUAUUGCAUGUUUUAAAUGUAAGCCAAUGGGAAGCUACCAGCAACGGGUUGAAAUGUGGUCGCUUUUUUGGGUCACAGUGAGGAAUUCAAAUAGUUCAACUUUUUCUGGCCAAUCAGGUUAAAAGUUGAGGGGGCAAGCAAGCAAAACAAACAUGAAGGACAAACUGCUAGUGGAAAAUGCUACGUGAGUUCUUAUAAAUAAAAUUAUGUCACGAAUAGAAAAUAUUUCAUUGCCAAUAUUCCAACAUUGCAAUGAAACAUAUAAAUUAAAAAGAACAACUUGUCUAUGUUUGGGACAUUCACCGGUUUUCAAUGUGACAUCCCACUUUAUCUGUGGCUGCAUACACUCAAGUCUUCUCUUGAUUUUCCUCUAUUUCAUCUUUAUUUCUUCUUUGUUGUUACUACUAAUAAUAAUCUAAUCUAGAUAACAAGCUAGCCUAGUUAGUUAGCUGAUACUAGCUAGGCCUGGAAUGAGCAUUGUUAUGGUUACACGUCUUAUAAACUGCUUUUUCCCGCCCCACAAAACAUGCCAGGGCAAGCAUUUUUUUGUUUUAAAGAACAAAAAAAUGAGGGAAAGCCGCCUUAUAGUGUUAUUUAGUGGACUAAACCUGUAGUGUGCAGAGGCAAUAACAGGAUUCCUGUGUUUACUCUUUGUUGUGUAUAUAUAGGUUAUAAUUUAUUCAUAUACACCAUAUGUGACGUGUAUAUUAAACCUGAAUAAGAGUUUUAUUAUUUAUCAGUAAACAAAGAAUAUAAAUGUAAACUUUGCUGUACAUGUACUAUUUUAUACAUCAGAUGUACAGUAGUUCUGA